CUUAGACCAGUGCGAUCCGUUACGUCGCGAACGUUAGCGAGUAAGCCGUCUCACAUUUCACAUAUUUGACACAGAAUUCAGUGUACCACAACACAAACAGUAAGGGCGGAAACGAUGGCAUCAAACUUCGUUUUGAAAAAACCUGUGUUGCAGCAACUGUGACGAACUGCAGGAGCUUGUGGUAUUAUCCUGUUACCAUGGUAUCUGCAAAACCUGUCUCAAAGCUGGUGAUCGAACAAAGGAUGGGAAAUCAGUCACGUUGUGUCCAGUUUGUAACACGCAAGUCACCUCAUCAGAAGUAAAUGAUGAUCUUCGAUCACAACUGAAUACGUGUAUGAGUCAAGCCUUUCAAUAUUUUGGAAAAAAUGUAUUGAAGACGGAAACAAGCUCCUGUAGCAUUUGUUGUUUACGAAACCUGCACAACGAAGUGACCCACCAGUGUCUCGACUGUGGCGAUGUUCUGUGUGAUGUCUGCCAGAAAGGACACUGUGCAUCAAGGAUCACACAUGAUCAUAGGGUGGUACCUAUUGAAGAUGUGAGGAGUGGGAAGUUUGUGGUAGCUGAGGCACAGGCAGCCCUGCCCUGUAGUAACACGACACACAAGGGAGCCACGUGUACUUACUUCUGCCAGACUUGUGGCAAACUGAUGUGUGAAUUGUGUCUUCUGUUUGAACACAAAGGUCAUGAGAUCCUACCGUUACAAGAAGCUGCCAGACAGUGUGGGAAACAGCUGGAAGAACAAUCGGUAAAACUUGAAACUUACCUCACUGAGAUAACAUCAGUGCUUGAAAUGAACAGCAGUCGGCGUGAGAGUAUUAUUGCAUCCCGAGAAGACACUCUAAAAAUACUGCGGGAGAAGACUCAGGCUAUAGUAGGUUUGAUUCACGAACAGGAGCAAAAGGCUGUAGAUAAGGUGACACGCUUGUGUGAGAGUCAGCUCCUCCUUGUCAGUACGAUGAACUACAAAUUGGAUCAAAUUACAAAACUAUGCCCAAAAGUGUUGUCGCUUACUCACUCAGUUCUUGAAGCCAGAGAGGAUCUCCACUUGCUUCUUCUUUGCAAUGAUCUUGAGAAAUGUUUCAAAGAAAGUCAACAAUUACAGGAUUCGAUGCUAGCUUUUGAAAACAAAUGGAAGAUACCCAGGUUCAAUGUGAAGUGUGAUUUUCCAAAUAGCUCUGUUAUCGGUAUAAAACAGUCAUUUGUCAGUCCACAUCUGGUGCAAGAAGAGAGCAAGGAAAGAGUUAUCUUGUCAGAUGAUGCAAAUGGAGGUCAGAUCACUUCAGCUCAUCCAGGUGGCAAGCAGUCAGUCAAGUCAUGCAAUGCUGAAGACACUUCCACCCAGAAACAAGCUCGGCCCACCAGACCACAAGGUAAAGUCGGAGCCAACAAGCAACACCUGCCUACAAAGGAUCAGAUGGUUAUCUGUAGUAAUGGAAUCUUGACUGACACAGUGCAUAGUAAUGAUACUGAAGGCAUGUCAGGUUAUUCCACACAUGAUGAUACAUCACUUGAGGAAUCUGAGGAUGGAUUCCAACUGACCAAGUCUGUGGUGAUAGUCGGUAAAGGAGGAACGCAGUUGACAAACAGUCUUCCAGGAUCUCAAACCACUGUCAGAAGCAAAGAGUCUGGUUCUGGCAUUGGGUCCAGAUUGGAAAAAUAUGAAGAGCUGACCUCUCAAGGAUACAGUGUCCUUGCGGCUAAUCCAGUUCUUGUGGAGAAGCGGUCACCUCAGGAUGGACAUAAUGCCCAAUCUGACAAUCCUGACAACUCUAGAAGCCCAGGUCAACGCAAUGUCAGAGCUCUCCAACUUCAAAAGACGAACCACUAUCAUUUGAGGGUGGUGAAUGAUAAAACAGAUCCGGAGAUCAAAGGUUUGGCAGUUGCCUCAGGUAAUACAACCAUUGCAGACAACGGGAACAAGAAGAUUCGGCUGAUUGACAAGAAGGGACAUUCAGCAAACAUGACCAAGAAUAUAUUGAAGGACAACAUACCUGCUCAUGCCCUUGUCCAUCUUGGGCAUGUGGUUGUUUAUAUUUGUGGCUCUUGUAUCUACAUUGCUGAUAAAUCUCUACGAACCCAGUUGGUAAUACAGCUGAAAAUUGAUAAAUCAGCCUGUCGUGGGCUGAUUCUGUGCAAAUACACAGAUACAUCGUUUAUGGUCGGGAAUCUUCCUGAGAACCUGGUGCGGGUGUACAGUAUUAAUGGUCAACUGAUGUCCACGAGACGGGCUCCUGUUCCUGGCCCAAUAACAGCCAUGUCUCUGACCAAUGAUGAGGAUAUCCUGUUUAGUUGUCCAGGAGCUGUGUCACAGAUCCAGAAGUAUGGUAACGUAACUCAAGUCUUCAGACCUCCAAAUAUCUCAGAUUGGUUCCCAGAGGGCACCUGUAUGGACAGGUGGAACAACUUGUAUGUUGCCAAUUCGAGACAGAAUCAAAUCCAUGUGUUUGGCCAAGGGGGUGAACAGCUUUGCAUCCAUUCAACGUUGAGUGAUAAUCUGGAGUCACCUCGGUGUUUAGCAAUAUCAUUGGACAGACUGAUUGUUUCAGGAGAUCAUCCACAUCUGUUUGUUUAUACCAUUCUUGAAGUGUAAAUACAGGUCUGGUUGUGUGGAUUCAUGAUGUCUCUUUUCAGGAACACGUCCAUUUGUGUGGAUACAUGGUGUGUAUUUGUGUGGAUACACGGUGUGUAUUUGUGUGGAUAGACGGUGUGUAUUUGUGUGGAUACAUGGUGUCUAUUUGUGUGGAUACAUGGUGUGUAUUUGUGUGGAUACAUGGUGUGUAUUUGUGUGGAUUCACAGUGUGUACUUGUCUGGAUACACGGUGUGUUUUUGUGUGGAUACAAAGUGUCUAUUUGUGUGGAUUCACUGUGUAUUUGUGUGGAUACAUGGUGUGUAUUUGUGCGGAUUCACAGUGUGUAUUUGUGUGGAUACACAGUGUGCAUUUGUGUGGAUACACGGUGUGUAUUUGUGUGGAUACACAGUGUGUAUUUGUGUGGAUUCAUGGUGUGUAUUUGUGUGAAUACACGGUGUGUAUUUGUAUGAAUACACCGUGUGUAUUUGUGUGGAUGCACAGUGUGUAUUUUGCGGAUUCACUGUGUAUUUGUGUGGAUUCAUGGUGUGUAUUUGUGUUGAUUCACAGUGUGUAUUUGUGUGGAUACACAGUGUUUAUUUGUGUGGAUACACGGUGUGUAUUUGUGUGGAUUCACGGUGUAUUUGUGUUGAUUCACUGUGUAUUUGUGUGGAUACACUGUGUGUAUUUGUGUGGAUACAUGGUGUGUAUUUGUGUGGAGUCACAGUGUGUAUUUGUGUGGAUACAUAGUGUGUG